CUUUACAAUUCAAGAAAUACAUAUAUGACAUUAUCUGGAAUGGACGAAAUCAAAGGGACUUUCAUUCAAAAUAGAUAUAGCUUAAAAUUUCAAACUCAGUGCGUAUUUUACGCAAUAUUGCCAAACAUUUACACAGCAACCGUGUGCAAGUAAAAAUAAAACAACUGUAAAAAACUGUUAUAUAAAAAGUUAAUUGAAAAACUGUUAUAAAAAUUGAAGCCAAAACGUUCUUUGAAGAAUAUCAGCACCAGUUACAGUCAAAAGAUGGUGUUAAAAUUGAUAAUUUUAAUUCACGGUCAUAAAUGUUAUAUUUAAUCAAGAUAUUCAUCAGCAAAAUGACUGAUAUAACUCAAAAUACAUCUAAAUUCUCAUUUCGCACAUUUGAUAUAUAUAGAAGAUUCAUAGAAGUUUUACAACAUAAGCCAACUUAUCUAGAAGAGUUUAAAAUAGGUUCUCCAACAGAAGAAACAUGUCUUGCUGUUAUAAAAAAAGUUUUUCAGUCUCAACAAGAAAAGGAAGAGAUUAAAGAAUACACUCAAUAUUUUGCUAUUCAUGCAAAAAUGAUGGCUGGCCAUGCAGAAAAGCUUCCAGAUAAUUGGAAUGAUGCUAUUAACUAUACUGACAGGUAUAUCAAAGAGAUACGCAAAUACCUUAGAAGAAAAGGAUUGAGUGUUAAAUCUGACUUGAAUAAAGUCAAAAAAAUUGCUAACGAUAUAGCUAAAUACAUACACAAUAAGCCAACUUUUAAACAAAUAGAAGCAAUUACGUAUUACUUGAAGUAUGAUUUGCGUAAUCCUAAAAGAAAUCUUAUUUCUUUACAUGCACCAAAAAUAUCUAAAAGCAAGUCUGACAGUAUUAGUAAAAACAUCGUAAAAUCAAAAAUUAUAAAUAAUAAAGUAGUUGAAGAGGAAAAAGCUACUUUUGUUCAAGAAAAAAAUGAUCAAUCAUCAUCAGCACAUGAAUCUAUGCAAAAAGCUCCACAUUUUUUGCAAAUAAACAACCAAGUAGAUUACAAUAAUUAUGAAGUAAUGAAACCAUCAUUACAACUUGAAAAUAUAGAAACUGAAAUUAUAGAGAAUUUGUUUGAAAUGAUUGAUCCAAGUAUAUCAAAUCAUAAAAUAGAUAAUAAGAAUGAUUUGGAUAUCUUCAAUUAUGAAAGGAAUGUAAUGUCACCUGAAUUAAGUCCAUUUAAUAAUAUAAUAUCGUAUGGGAUGGGGAUAGAAAAUAAUUUUAAAGCAGAAAAAGAUGAAAUAUCUGGAGGGGUUAGCCAAACUUUCAGAACAAAUAUAGUAAAUUGUUCAUCAACCAACUUUAAUACAGUAAAUAAAGACAGAAGCUCAAAUUACAAUUUCCAUUUGAAGAGAAAAUACUGUAGUCCAUUCAAGAGUGAUCAUUACUAUGGUUUGAAGAAACAAUUACAGUUAUGUAAAAUUCCUAAUAAUUUUCCUCAGAAAGCAAUCAUAACUCCAAGUCAAGCAGUAAAAAAUAAUAAUGAUAACUCUUCUGAUUCUGAAAUAAAUAUAGAAAAUGAUAAUAAAGACAAAGAACCAAGCAAGUUUUUCAUGAUGAAUCAAUAUGAAAAAUUAGAUGAUAGUGAAGGGAAAACAGUAUUUGAUUCAGAAAUCAGUGAACAAAUACGAAAUAUUUUUGGUUUUAAAUCAAAAGUAAGAGAUAUGAGUUAUACUGAUGCACUGAAACAUAUAGAUUUAGUUACAACUUUUUGUAAAUUAAAAAGUACAAUUUCUCAACAAGAACUUCUUAUAAUGCAUCAAAUUAGAGAUAAAAUGUAUUUCAAAAGUUUAAAUGAAUGAAAUACAAUGAAAUAAAAUAUUUAUCAUUACUUAUUUAUAAAAUUAUAUUUUUUGAUAAAAAAGUAUCUGAUAUUUCUUUGAAAGUUACCUGCAAACAAAAUUUAUCGAAUAAACAGUUAUCUGCUUUUUC